AUGCAUAUGAAGAAGCAAGUAGAAGAGAAUCUAGAGAUGCCUCUUGGAGGCCUCGGAGAGAUGACCGUAGAGGAACUGUGCCUACAGAAUAUUCUGAUGGAGCGCCUGGAGAGUCCGCUACACGAGCCCACUCAAGGCCUUUUAGAUGGGUCCACAGCGAACCUUCAGAUACAUAUGAAGAAGCGAGUAGAAGAGAAUCUAGAGAUUUCUCCUGGAGACCUCGGAGAGAUGACUGUAGAGGAACUGAGCCUACAGAAUAUUCUGAUGGAGCGCAUGGAGAGUCCGCUACACGAGCCCACUCAAGGCCUUUUAGAUGGGUCCACAGCGAACCUUCAGAUACAUAUGAAGAAGCGAGUAGAAGAGAAUCUAGAGAUUUCUCCUGGAGACCUCGGAGAGAUGACCGUAGAGGAACAGAGCUUACAGGUUAUUCUGAACGAGCGCAUGGAGAGUCCGCUACACGAGCCCACUCAAGGCCUUUUAGAUGGGUCCACAGCGAACCUUCAGAUACAUAUGAAGAAGCGAGUAGAAGAGAAUCUAGAGAUGCCUUCUGGAGGCCUCGGCGAGAUGACCGUAGAGGAAUUGAGCCUACAGAAUAUUCUGAUGGAGCGCCCCGAGAGUCCUCUACAGGAGCUCACUCAAGGCCUUUGA